GUAGCUGUACAUGGAGAUCGUGCUGGGAAAUUGUGCCAGUGCCCCGCGCAGCACCAAGCCUGGGGGAAUCGCCGCCGCCACCUUCCUCCUCUGCAAAGCCACCAGCCGGGACAGGAGACGAGCUGCUUGCGGGCCAGCGGGCUGCCCGGUGCCCGAGCCCCCGAGCGGGGAGGAGAGGGGCAGGCCAGGGGAAUGGAUGCGCUCGGCUCCCAGUGAGCAGCCUCCGGCCAAGGGGGAGAGGAACGUUACCAGAGCCUUUCAUGCCCAAAGCCAAAGCCGGAGCACGACAGCGCGGGGGCGCUGCUGGAGGCCAGGCGGGUGCCUGUCACACCCCCCCGCGGCGGUGAAGGCAGAGCCGGGGGCAGCGGCGCUGAGGAGGCAGCGCGCGGUUCGAGCCAUUUUGUCGGCGCGCCGAAGCGCCAGGCCCCGCGCGGAGGAGACGCGCCGCAUGAGCGGCCGGGGAUCGGGGAGCGCGCUGGCUCUGAGCGGGACUCUGCAGCGCCCUAUGGGGAGCCGGCGGCCGGAGAGGCGCUGAGAAGAGGCGGGGGAGCGACCGCGGCGAAGGGCGGGUUGAGGCAGCGGGCCGGGAGGGGGGAGGCUUGGUCCCGGGGCGGGGGUGGGGUGCGCGAGGGCUCGGGGAUGAGUUUGGUGGGGGGCUUCCCCCACCACCCCGUGGUGCACCAUGAAGGCUACCCCUUCGCCGCAGCCGCCGCCGCCGCCGCCAGCCGCUGCGGCCACGAGGAGAACCCCUACUUCCACGGCUGGCUCAUCAGCAGCCACCCGGAGAUGUCGCCCCCCGACUACAGCAUGGCCCUGUCCUACAGCCCCGAGUACGCCAGCGGCGCGCCGGGCAUCGACCACUCCCAUUACGGCGGGGGGCCGCCGGGCAGCGGGCCGCCCGGGCUCGGGGGGCCGCGGCCCGUGAAGCGCCGGGGCACGGCUAACCGCAAGGAGAGGCGCAGGACUCAGAGCAUCAACAGCGCCUUCGCCGAGCUGCGGGAGUGCAUCCCCAACGUGCCUGCCGACACCAAGCUGUCCAAGAUCAAAACCCUCCGCCUGGCCACCAGCUACAUCGCCUACCUCAUGGACCUGCUAGCCAAGGACGAUCAGAACGGGGAGGCGGAGGCCUUCAAGGCAGAGAUCAAGAAGACAGACGUGAAGGAGGAGAAGAGGAAGAAAGAGCUGAAUGAAAUAUUGAAAAGCACAGUUAGCAGCAACGAUAAGAAAACCAAAGGGAGGACUGGCUGGCCGCAACAUGUCUGGGCUUUGGAGCUCAAGCAGUGAGUGCUGCAAGACUGAAGAACUCAAGGAAAUCUCCUAGACUCAUUAGAGAGAUUUGAUCUGAGGGGACUUUUUGUAUUUGGAAUCAUCCAGUUUAUUUAUGUGCAAUUUCUCCCCCACCCCCCAAAAUGUGGAUAUUCGAAGAAAAGCAUUCCAUAUUUUAAUAUGAAGAGGAAACUCCAACUUGGUAAGGGGUAAUGUCGUCUCAAUAGUUUCGUGAAUGUUAUUUCUCUGUUUGUAUAGAACGCACGGGGAAAAAUAGAAAAGAAAGGGGGGAAGACUCCCUGGCAUUAGUGUGUAUGUGAAGUGUAUCUUUAAUACAUGGCCUUUUGGAUAUAAAUAUUCAUGGGAUUAUAAAAUUAUAUUUCAACAGAAACAGUUGCACCAAUGUUUCAGUUGGCUUGGUAUUUACUAUGGUAAUUUUGUUGUGGUCGUUCAGUAUUUGAAAAUGUUUUCAGCAGCUAUUUGUUAUGUGCACUUCCGUCCUUAAGGGGGGAAAAAGUGGAGUUUAAUUAAUAUUGAAGGUGUAAACGUUGUAAGUAUUCAAUAAACCACUGUGUGUGUUUUUUACAAAAAAAA